AUGAGUCUUGGCUUUCAUGACGAGCUCUGGUUGAGCGACCAGACUGAAGAGGACGAAUGCGGGCUUACAGAUCCACGGUCAUUUUCCUUGGAGUUGACAUACCAAGGUCCUGCUGGUGACUUCCGGACUCGCAACAGACCAGGCCAGCUACAGAGACCCAUGGUGUCCAAUUUUGAGAUGGGGCGACGACGCAAGUCUGCCUACCAGGUCAGCUGUGAGGCAAAGGCUAUGAUCCAUGGCCGGUGGGGAGGGAGAGGCCAGGACGCGUGCGACUUGGCCACUCUGUUGGUGUAUGAGUUCCAGUUCCAUUCCUACCGUGGAUGCCGACUCAAGGCAGCCGACAUUCGCUUCCGAUUCGAGCCGAUACCAGGUCAAUCAAAUGAACUGUCUGUCGCUGAGGUUCAGCCAAAUGGUGUAUUUAAAGUUGCACGCACCGAGCAAUCCGAGCAAUCCACAACCGGCCUUGAGCUUACGCUUGGGUCCCAGCCACUGGCAGGAGCUGUGAACACUUCAAUCGCUGUCACCAAUUCGAACAAUGUGGAGAAGGUUACAGUUCAUCACACGGUUGUCACUGGCGACCGACCUGCAGAUAUCUACGGCAGUCAGCAUGAGGCACAUUUUUCGCUGUCAGAGAACGUAUCACAGCAGGACGGGAUUCCUACGCGACUGAGAGCCUGUAUCCUUUUGAAGCGGGGAACGGAGGAUGACUUUGCUUGUGUUCCCUACAUCCAUGUCACUCCAGACUUCAAGACUUGGGUUGGACAGCUGUUCUCGUCUCGGGACAGGGAUGAUCCUGUCCGAUUCCGUCCCUCUGAGCCGGCGUUCGAUCAGCUGGAAAAGGGGAUUGUAGUUGACGCGGAAAAUCUGGGAGCCACCAAUCUAGAUCGGCUGUGGGGUUGUACCAUGUAUACAACAUGCAACGAUGUUGUUGAGUCAUUGUAG